ACCCACCGUGCUGGCUAGCUAACCAGCCCUAGCCAGCCACCUUACAUUACAUUACAUUACCAGAGAGGCAGUGCAGCGGGGAAGCAGACUACAUGAGAGACGGCGUCAAUAAUAAAAUGUGUCGGAGUCGGGUCCUGCUCAGCGGCUGGCUGCUGAUUGUCGUCCAGCUGUUGUGUGUGGAGGCAGUGCCGAUCAGCAUGGACAAGACAAAGGUCAAAGAGCCAGAGCAGAAGGCUGAGGACGCUCCAGCCAAUGUGGACACUGGCCUCCACUAUGACCGCUACCUCAGGGAAGUCAUCGAUUUUCUAGAGAAAGAUCAGCAUUUCAGAGAGAAGCUCCAUAACACAGACAUGGAAGACAUAAAGCAAGGCAAGCUGGCCAAAGAGCUGGACUUUGUGAGUCAUCAUGUCAGAACCAAACUAGACGAGCUCAAGAGGCAGGAGGUGAACAGACUCCGCACUCUGAUAAAGGCCAAGCAGGAUCUUGAAGGAGGGAACGACAUUGCAGUGGAUCACCAGGCUCUGCUCAAACAGUUUGAGUACUUGAACCACAUGAAUCCACACACGUUUGAAGUGGAUGACCUGGAUCGGCUCAUUAAAUCAGCCACUAAUGAUCUGGAGAACUAUGACAAAGAGAGACAUGAGGAGUUCAAGAGGUAUGAGAUGAUGAAAGAGCACGACAGGCGGGAACACCUGAAGACACUGGAUGAGGAGGACAGGAGGAGGGAGGAAGAGCACUACGAGGAGAUGAGGAAGAAGCACGCUGAUCACCCUAAAGUUAACCACCCAGGCAGCCAGAAUCAGCUCAAGGAGGUGUGGGAGGAAGCCGAUGGUCUGGACCCUGAGGAUUUUGACCCCAAGACCUUUUUCAACCUGCACGACACCAAUGGAGAUGGCUUCUUUGAUGAACAGGAACUGGAGGCAUUGUUCACCAAGGAGCUGGAGAAAAUUUAUGACCCCACCAAUGAAGAGGAUGAUAUGGUGGAGAUGGAGGAGGAGCGGUUGCGUAUGAGAGAGCAUGUUAUGAAUGAGGUGGAUUCCAACAAAGACAGGCUGGUCUCCUUAGAUGAGUUCCUGGUUGCUACAAAGAAAAAGGAGUUCUUAGAGCCAGAUAGCUGGGAGACGCUGGAGCAGAACCAGGCCUACACAGAGGAGGAGAUGAGGGAAUUUGAGGAGCAUCUGGCCCAGCAAGAGCAGGACCUCAACCAGAAGGCUUUUGACCUCCAGAAACAGAGGGAGGAGCUGGAGAGGCAACAGGAGCAGCUUAAUGCACAGAAAAUGGAGCUGCAGCAGGCGGUAGAACAUAUGGAGCGGCUGAAGACACAGAAAGUGGAACCCCCUCCAGAGGUUCACGUUGAAGGAAAUGCUGUUCCAGAGUUGCAUGGUGUCAACGGCCAGUUACCUCCUGACCAUAAUGCCAUACCCCAAGAUCAUGACCCUGCUUUCCAAGACCAACAACACGCACCCCAGGAACAUCAUGAAGGACAAAACCAAGACUUGAGCCAACAAGGUCUCCCCCAGACACACCAGGAUCUGCCACCGGGCCAUCAACAAGUCGCACAGGACCAACACGCCAUGCCAUAAUGUUGCUUAUCGGGACAGGACAGAUAGGACUGGGAUAAUAUUGACAUACCUGAUCCUACAACUCCACAACCAGACGAUUUCAGCAGCUGCGGUACACACCUUCACUCCAGUGUGCAAAAAAGCAGUCCUUACAACUAUUUGUUACUCCUCUUUUACCAACAGUACUUGGGAGUUUGGACAACAUCUGAGGCAGAGGAGAGCAGACCAAAUUAAAGGACUUCCUUUGGGGAAUGACACCAGUGUUAGGAAAUAACUGUGAUCUUUGGAUUACAAAAAUAAAAUGACUGCAGUCAACCCAGGACAUGCAUUGUAGCGUGCAUAUUUACCUUUUUGAGGAUUAUAAUUGCUUUUUCAACUACAUCAGAAGUUAUGAGUUUUUUUUUUUUUUUGGAAGAUUAUAUAAAAAAAUCUGAUCAUUUGUUCAGUUUUAACUACUGUGUACUGUUGAAAGAGCAGAAAUGAAAACCACAUGCAACUGACUUGCUGAUCCAAGGUCUUUGAUACAUGGGCUUGUUGGUUAUAUUUUGUGCAGCUGAGGGGGAUGAGUAGCUGUGAAAAUUUUCUUAAUUUAAUCAACAUUCUUUAAGUCACCUCAAAACAAAAGAGGAUAGUUUUUGUUUGACAUGUAUGCUGAAGAUUUUUCUCUAGACAGUAAGCCACAUUUGAGAAGUUGAGGCUUAAGGCCUUGGAAUGGUUUGAUACAUCAGGAGUCUUAAUAGCCACAGGAUUUAAAAGCCACAAUAAGAACAUUUUGUUAAUCUUCCCCAAAAACAUUUCAUUCAUGCAAAGGAUUUUGUAAUCAAUUUUAGCCUUUUUUUCUUGUAGGAAAUAUUUUGUUUCCACAAUGACCCGAUGCCACUCGAUAUCUUUGUCAUGUAGUCAUGUAACGACUACUACAAACUUUCUGUUUUCAUUCUGGUUGUAGUCAUCAUGAACUGUCAGCUGCUUACUGUGUAUAUCAGGAAAACCCAAAUUUUCUUCCUGUGAUUACUGGGCUCACAGAAGAGCAGUCAGUAUCAUGUAUUCCCAAAUUAAACUUUUCUCAGUUGUAGAAAAAAUGCUGCUCUGCCUUUUAAAAUGUUACGCCUUUCUUAAGUGGAUCUUGGUCCAACUUGCAGCUGUUCCCCACUGACACAGAAAAGUGUGAAAUCACCCUCUCAAAAUGUCAAACUAGUGUGAAUCAACCCUAACACACACACUUUUCCAGUGUCAUUUCAGCCCUACACCUUACACAUGCUUAAUCUGGGGGUGUGAGAGAAUUCCCACUAUGUCAGACCUUUGUCAAAAUGCCUGUUUAAAUACCUGAGGUUUGUAAAGGGUUAACCUGCUUGGUACACACAGUGGGCAAAUGUUGCACUUCAGAGAUAAGUCAUGUCAUUUUGUUGUACCAGAAAAGCAUUUAACAGCAUUUCAUCUGCGGCAUCUUGUUCAUACACAACUGUGUAUGUGAAAUGUUUAUGUAUGGGUUGAUCAUAAUUGAUCAUGAUUUUAAAACUUGUUUUAAUAAAAGUUUUGAUGUUCAGAAGCUUAUUUUAGCAAUUAAUGUGUAGCUCUUUACACUGUUGUCUUUUGUAUGGAAAAAAAAAGUUUAAAUGUACUAAGGGAAAUUAAUCUGAUUUAAGAAAAAAAAAAAAAAAAAAGUCAAAGCUCUUUGACUCAAAAAGACCCCAGUCUGAUUACAAACCACAUGAGAAGAUAGAGCGGCACUGUUUUUAAAUUGUCCAUGAUUUAAGUUUAAAUUUAAGUUUCACAAAACCUCUGAUCUUGGUCUCUUCUUCAUUUUACAUCAUUGUAUCUGGCAAAAGUUGAGUUAUUACUCCCUCCUUGAGCCCCAAAUAAUCUUUACACUCAGAUGUACAUUUAGCCUGUGCACUAUUUUUUUUCUACAAAGAAUUGCUGUAAUCAGGACUUCUCUCUUCUUAGUUGAUAUUGUGGUUUCUUUUAGCUGGCAGACUAUGACCUUUUGGUAAAAACAGGUGUUGACUGUUCAUGCCUUAUUGUGGUUUUAUAUUCUACCGAGUUCACACAUGGGCUAAAUCCUUUUCUUGCCAUGUUAUGAGUUCUCUGUGUGCCAAAUGUUCCUUUCAGACAGUACUGCAUUAUAUUUUGCACAACAUUUACAGUGUUUUCUGAUUGCUUGCUGCUGGAUUGAGUGAAAUUUGAGAAUGCUGUACACCUCGGUUCAAGACAAUAAAGACAGUUAUGACCCUUCA